GCGAGGCUGGUUUGAGACGCAGUUAGAAUAGGAAUUUCCUGCAAGUUAAUUGUUCCUUCUCCUUUGUAAAUUAGAACAAUAGCCUUGCUGGAAUUUGAAAGUUAAUUAAUUACCUCCGAUAUUAAGUUAUAGCUUCGUGGCCUCCAUCCAGUGGUGGCCAAUGAUGUGAUGGUGGUCCCCUGACACGGUUUUGUUUCUUACCUUUCAUCCUGGAGACUGUACGAGGUAGAGGAACUUUAGCCGUAGUUUUCGGAUUAACUGCAAGUUUGAGCUUUCCUACUUUAUUUAUCUGAAAAGAUGAUGCGCUACGGGAGAGAUGAUGAGAGGUCCCCGGAAAGUCCGCCACCUUAUGAUUCUUAUCAAGGAAGGUGUUUGUACACUUCCAGAACUAAGAUUCGAAUAGAGACGGAUGAAGAAAGUUUUCAAUAUUCUUUGGAUCGGAGUGGCUAUGAAACAGGUUCUGGACGUCAGGAUAAUAGGGGUGAUUUUGAAGAUGUGGGAGGAUUUUCGAACUCUCCUGGUUCGAGUAUUCGUAGGGAUAGAAUUCAUGAAACUGGUAGGGAUACUGGUAGAGAUAAGGGAGGGUUUUGGUCGCAUGAAGAUCGACCUAGGUCUAGAGGUAUUACCAUUAGUCAUGAAUCGCACUCAUCACGCCAAUCAACUCAAGAAAAUUCAUAUCGUGAUCGAAGUAAUAGUAACAGUAGCAGAGAUGGGAGACCUUUAUACGAUCUUGAGUCUGGCAUCUCUGGUAUUGGGAUGUCAUUUCGCACGGCUGCAGACUCUGGCGAUAACAAGAGACGUGGGCUAAUCACGCCUCCACCCCCACGACCUAAAAACUGCUGUUGGAAUUGCAAAGGAGAUCACAUGAUUACGGAAUGUACUGUGCCGAAAGACCCGAUGCGAAUUGCUGUGAAUCGAAAAGCGUUUUUGGCCUCAAAACCUCAGCGCACCGAUUUCAGCGGUGGGGGACGUCCGAAACGAUACCAUGAAGAGCAACCUCGUAGCAACACAAGACCUGGAAUACUUUCCGACACUCUACGAUACGCUAUGGAUCUUGAACCUGAAGAGGUCCCGAUUCACGUGUACAGAAUGAGGAUCUUUGGAUAUCCUCCUGGAUGGCUGGAAAAUGCGAUGGAAGAAGCAACGGGUGGCCUCAAGUUGUAUGGAGAUUCCAUUAUGACAACUUCAAGAAAAGAUCCUAAAAUCGAUCCAGAUAAUAUAAUUCGGUAUCCUGGCUAUAAUGCUCCGAUGCCAUUUGGCCAGUCAGAUAGAAGCAAAGAUUAUAAUUGUCCACGCUAUCGACCUGAAGAUUCGGUUGAUAACAUGAUUAGGAAAUUAAACUCAAAGAAUUUGGUCAGCCAAGGGGAUGGAAUUGUUUCUCAGACCAUGCAACCUCCGCAAUUCGAUUCCCUCUUGGGUUUGGACCGACCAGUGCUAAAUGACGGAGCUAGUCACGGAGUUGGUCGAGGCCGGUUUGUUGAGGUUGAUACGCUGCCUCGACAUCUUCAACCGGGGGGUCGAGGGAUGCAAAAUGCUAGACCUGUAUUUCAAGGAAGAAUUGACCGAGAAAUCCGCCCCAUGUCACGACCUACGCAAUUGAUCGUUGAGCAAGAAAUUGAUAAGCGAUAUCUUCCUAAGCCAUCAAGACCAACAAGUCAAAAAAGAUCCCGUCGACACACACGGUCCCCUUCGCCCUCAUUGUUGCGGGAUGCAAACAUGUUGCAUUCUAUGAUUCCUAAACCUUCGGGUAAUUUUGGUAGAUCCGACAGUCCUGUGAUAAUGAAUCUUCCUUCUGCUUCUGGGUCCCAACGAAACGCAGCUACUGGCAAUUCUGACGAUGAAAGUAGGGGAGGCUCAUCGGCGGGUUCUACAGGCUCGUCAAACGACUUUGUGCCAGUUUCUCCUGUGGCAAAGCGUAAGAAAGAGACGAAAAAAUCAGCGAGUGACGACGACGUCAUAAUAAUCUCCAGCGAAACAGAGUUGAAAUCUACAGUUGAUUACGAUUCCGACUGCCUUGUAAUUGACGAUAAAUCAGUCAGCCCUAGUAAAUCUACAAGUAGCUGUGCAUCACCACAGAAGAAGAUUGUUCCAAACCGAAGUUCGGUUGCCAAAAAGAGUAGCAGAGUGAUUGUGGAGGAUUGGGAAAAUGAUGAUGAUGAAAAUGGAAGUGACAAUAACUCGUCAAAAUUUGUUACAACCAGCAACCAGAGACCUGCGUCCCCAGGAUCUUCAACUGGAGAUGAAGAGACCUUUGUAGUCAACCUUGAUUUUGAAACAGCCGCUCGCGCAAAGAAAGCCAGAGGUUCAGGAUUUCAAGAAAAAUUUGAUGAAGAUUGGGAGACAGGUAGCGCUAACAGUGAUCGCUUAGUUAUUGACGAAGAGCACGAAGAUGAGGAAGAAGUAAUCAAGACCAAUGAUACCCAGUGCAAUGUCAGUGCAAUAGAGGAUCUAGAACCCGAAGUUACCGUGGUUAAUACUGAAAAGACAAUCUCGCCUGUACGUGAAUUUAUUCCAUCCAAUCCGAAAAACGAAGUGAUUAAAGAAGUGCUCCUUGCGCAACUUGGAGAAGGGGACCGCACGGAUGAAAAUGAAGAGUCCUUUACAUCACUGCCAGCUUUCGAGAAGUUUGCACAAGGACUGCCGGAAAUGGUAUUUGAAGAUGCCGCACCAAGGAUCGGUCGUCUAGAUAAAGUUCUCCAGGUUCUGAAGACACGAAAGAGUGCUGGAAAUAACAUUAUCUCACCAGAUCAGCCAUAGCCAAGUACUUACCGUUAAUUAAUUAUUAGUCACCUUUCCCAUCAUCGUUAUUAUUAACAUUAUUCAUUAUUCGAAUUUUUAAAAAAUAGGUGGCUACUGUUAUUUAUAAUACACUUAGUUUUAAUUUAAUUGAUUACAGAAAUAUUUACUCCGCCCACCUAAGCAUGUACGAUAUAAGGGUUUCUGUACAUAUUGCGGUGUGUGUACAAAUAUUCCAUGUAUAUUAUAAUUUUUAGUCUCCUGAUGCGCUAGGUCUUACAAGUUGGCAGAGCGAAUAUAUUUUUGCAUUGAACGUGGUACCUCGUAUAGCUUGAACUAUUCAAGCUCAACGGAAUAUCAACUAUUAUAAUAUUAAUGUUGUUCACAGAAUUAUUGGUGUUGUCAGUAAGGGAAGAAAAAACCGAGAAAAAGUCUGUUUUAGCAAAAUUUUAUGCUUGUUACGAAAUAAAUUUGAUACAUUUGUUACUAAA